AACAUUGGGACUGGAGAACUAAAAGCAAAGGUAAGGACGCGUGGUUAGCCGUGACUUGCUUUUAUAAGUCUCCCCCUUCCCCGCUUCUCCCUCUCAUUUCUUGUCACCCGCCCCUCUCCUCUCCCCUCUCUCUCCCUUAUCUAUAUCGUUACCGCCACCACCCUCCUCCACAGCCGCCGCUGCCCAAUCUUCAAAACUCUAUUGUCACAAUCUUCAAAAGGCGAUAAAGAAGGAGGGACGACAUUAUUAAUGGCAAGCAACCAAUCAAACUGUGACGUGUCAUCGCAACAAGAACCAAACCAGCAAAGAAAGAAACGCAGAAAACUGACUCAUGAAACGACAGAGAGUCACCUUCAAAACGACGGCACUGGCGAGACCAAAAACCAGCCUACAGUGAGGUGGCGAACUGACACAGCGAGUCGGAUCUAUUCGUCGAAGCUUCUAGAGGCUCUGCGUCGAUCAUGCCGGAUAACUUCUCAUCGGGGUGAGAAGACUCGAGAAGUCCGGGAAACCGCUGACAGAGUCCUCGCGGUGGCCGCGCGAGGAAAAACACGGUGGAGCCGCGCGAUUCUAGCGAAACGCGCGCGGUUGUUGAGAGUGAAGAAGGUGAAGAAACAGAGGGUGGCUCGUGAUCGCAAGUCACCGGGGAGCGAGAAGAGGAGGAAGUUACCACCGGUGGAGAAGAAGGUAAAGGUUUUGAGCCGGUUAGUCCCUGGUUGCAGGAAAGUCUCGUUUGUGAAUCUUUUAGAGGAAGCGAGUGAUUAUAUUGCGGCUUUGGAGAUGCAAAUUAAGGUUAUGACCAAUCUUAGUGAAAUUCUCACCGUCGCUGGCGGCGGAGGAGGCGGUGGCGGCUCGUCAAGUUGAGAGCGAGGAGACAGAUAUACUAGAGAUUGUUAGUUAAGCCAGGUGUCCAUUAUAAUUAAUAUCUUUUUGCUCUUUGUUUUUCUUAAAUAUUUUAAAUUUGUGUUUUUUUUUCCUUCUAUUAAUAUUAAUUCAUGAUGUUAUUGUA